AUGCAGUUCCGCCGCGCAUACAAGGUGGGGACAGCGACCGAUAGCACCACCACAGCGAAGGCAGACGCGGUCGACCUGACAGCGCCGCUUCCAUGGACGCUGCCGCCUGCAGUCCUCGCGGAGUCGUCUACGAGCGGACACGUGAUGCAGCCGAUUGAGGGCUACCGCGGUACGCUCGUCUUGCUUCUGUUCCAUCCACUGCGCGUCGUGCGCAUUUGGGCGCGAGAUGUGCUGCUUCGCGUAAUGACGUGCACCGCGCCGCAGCACGAGGCGCCAGUGCCGAGCAAGUCGAGCAGCGACGGCGGCGAGCGUGCACUCGCAACUCUUCUCUCCUUUUCGCUGCGGCUGCUGUGCACGCUGAAGCACGUGUCGGUGCUGCCUGCUCAGGUCUCCUUUAUCAGCCUCCACGCACAUCCGUCGUGGGCCGUAAGCGCGGCCCCGGAGCGGCACGUGGACGCGGUCAAGUACGUGAUGCAGGACCGCGUCCACACGGUCGUCGACGGCAUCUUCCACCUACUCACGGUGCUCACCGCCUGGGACACGCACUUCGGGAAGGCGGUGGAAGCCCUGGCGAUGACAUCGACCGCAACUGCCGACCGCGCAUCUGCCACAUCGAUGCCUAUCCUACUGGGCAAGUGCCGUGCAACAGUCCUGCUGCUCGGAGGCAGCCUCGUGCUCUACGGACUGCAGGGGCUCCAUCAAGGCAUCCAUCGCGCGCUGCUCGAGGCGUGGCACGAUCAACAGCAUCGACACCCGCGGAGCUCCUCCGCACGCGUGGAUCUGUCCCGCGCGUCGCAGGCGGCCAUGACGCAGCUGCUGGGCCCUCUAAACACUCUUCUUUCCAGUAAUCCGCGCAUGCCACGGGCAAAUGCGGUGGCAGCGACCGCCAUACGCAAGGCGCUCGCUAAGGUCCUCGUGCACUGUCUCCUGGACAACGCCAGCGGUCUUGCGAGCAGCAAGGAAGAAGAGGCGUGGCGCAGAGCGCGGCUGGAGUGGCUCUGGAUGUUCGCGGCAGCGCUUGAGCCGCCGACGCCGCGGACGGCGGCACCCCUGCCGGCCGAUGGCCCCAACGCGUCUGCGCCAUCCCCUGCGGACCAUACCGGCCCGGCUGCGCCUGAGCACCAGGGCAGCGGCACAACGAAGGCGACUGGGCAAGACAACGUCGGCACAGGAGCGCUGGUGUGGGUGCCGGGGAGAUGCGCUGGUUGGUUGCUGCAGCCGCUGUUCAAGAACGCGGCGCAACAGUUCCAGUGGGCGAAGGCGAUGGAGGCUGCGAAGGCAAAGCCGAGUGCCGGGGGCGCGGCGACUGCGUCGGACGGCACGGAUAGCGCCAUCGCAGUGCUCGACAAGGCCGUGUACGGUGUCUCUAUGCUGCUCGACAGCCUCGCCACAGCGCUGCCACGCCUCCUGCGCAGCACUUACCUGCACGACACACUGGUGGCGCACGAGUCGCAACUCCUCACGCUAGCCAUUGGCGGCAUCGUGCACACCCGCAGCGCAUACGCGUUGCGCCUGCAUCGUCUUCUCUUUCACGCGGAUGUGCACGCGUUCGCGGCGGGUGCCGCAGCCCAGGAGAGGGGUGACACCGCGCCAGCCGGCACGUUCGGGACACCGAGCGUGUGCCUUCAACGUUUGUGGCUCACGCUGCCGGCGCUCAUUGUGCAGGUGUGCAAGAGCGGCACCGUCUCUCCGGCAGACUGCGGCGGUCACGCAGGCAACGCCAUCCGCGGCAGCCCUCUUCCCCUCUCGGACGUUGUGGCGAGUCUCUGCGGGGCGCUGACGGUUCUGGCGGGGGAGGACGCGAUGCCGUGCCCACAGUGGCUCUUCAUGUCCCCAGCAAAAGUCCUGUCGCGCGCGCCACCGCCCUUUCAGUGGGUUGUGCAGCGCUGCGUGCGCACCUUGGCCGACACGCUUCAAGAGCAGCAGGAACUGCUGAAGCGAGUGUGGCUGAGGCUACCCUCGGCGCCGACGGAGGCAGCCUACGCCUCGGCAGCCGCAGCCGCAGCGUCUCGGGCGUUGACGCGGGAGAGGCCGCUGCUGCGCCUUCUCUUCGCCCUGCGUGUUGCCGCUACCGAAGACGCGGAGGCUGGCAAGCUCGCUGAGCGGCUCACCGCCGUGUUCUGCGUCGGCGUCACGAGCUCCGUCUCCCGCACGCUGUCGGCCGAGGCAGCCAUGUGGGUGUGGCGACGCGUCGUGGUUACGCAGCCGGAGCUACGCCUCCAUCCACCGCCUCCCUCUACGGCCUCCAUCGCCGCGGCGGCGGCUGCUGCUGGUGAUGGUGCCUGUGCGACGUGGGACAUGAACGACGCUGUCGUCACGAACACGGCGCGCGCACAGGGGCCCCGGUGGCUGGUGCUCCUGUGUGCGUGCUGCUUUGACCAGAUGAGCGAGUGGGAAGUGCAGUGCGGGUGGUGGAUGGCGGCUCUGCUGGCGGACGUGGUGACGCUGGACGUGGAGCAGCGCCGCGCGCUUGCUGAGGAGGUUAUUCUCGCUCUUCCCACGGCCCCCAUGCUGGCCCUCAGCGAAGCAGCCACGCACGCGGUGGGCAGCACCCAUCCGCCAGUCGAGGAGGCAGUGGAGGGCCAAUGCGGCGCUAUAGAGACGAAGGGCGAGCAUCAACUGCGAGACAAGGGGGCAGAGUCGGCGCAGCACCGCCACAGUGUUGUUCAACGGCUCUUGAUCCACGUGCUUCGCAAGGCGGAGCAGUACCCGCAGGCAAGCCUUGCCAGCAUGUUGCUGCGUAUCAGCGAAGCUCUACCGCCGGCCGUGGCUGCGCGCGAUGUGCGGUUUCAGCAGCAGGUCCAGCCGCUGCUGGUGCAGCUGUGCGCACGCAGCCCUGACGUGCAGAAGUGCCUUACUCGGAAUGGCGCCAUGUGGCUGCGUCGCUGCACCGAGCAGGCGACGCAGACGAUGAACGAGUGUCUGGCAGAGCAGGAGCGCCGCUUCCGUCAAUUCGAGCUGGAGGAGGCCACGCUACGGCGAGAGGAGGUGGAGGCGGCGCAGGCGGCCGUCGCGGCGGGGCGCUUGCGGCACGCGAACGAGGCGAAGCGGGCGGCGGAGUUGGGCCAGCAGCGGGCCGUCAAGCGGUCCACCGCGGCGUCGGAGGUGUCGCAGAGCGGCAGUGACGGCGGUGUAGUCAGUGUCCCCAUGCACAAACUGACCACCACGGUAUCUCAUCACAGCGACCACGGCAGCUCUGCCGUUGCAGCGACACGCCGUAAUCUGCGGCAGCAGCAACUCUUCCCGGACCGACCCCUCGCUCACUUAGCGGUGAAGCGGGAGCGCACGCCGCCCGUCGAUGGCGCAGACAUGCGCAGUCCCAAGAACGCACCACCGCAGCCGGCUGACAACGGCUCAUCUGCGAUUAUUGUGCUGGACGUGGACAGCGACGAGGAAGACGUGAUGGUCGCCGCAUCGAUAGUGCCGUUGCACCACCGCUCUGCACGUCCUGCUUCGCCAUGCGCGGUCACCCCACCAUCACCCGCAUCCGCGCCGGCGCCGCUUGCCAAGGUGCCGAAGACGUCCCCGUCGACGACAGCGUCCACCACGGCGCGGGCAGCUCCGACGCGGCUGCAGCACAAGCUGCAGGAAAUCAAUGCUCGCAACACGCACCGGGUCCAUCACGCCGAACAGCUGCGCCAGCUGCAAGAGCGCCUGCGCCGAGUGGCCAUCAGCACGAAUCUCCUUCACCUGCAGCCGCCACUCAUCCACGACAUCGUUGGCCCUGCGUCGCAGUGCAUGGCUCCUGAAGUCCCUGUGCUGCCAGAGGUGUUCGUGUCUGAGUCCGAUGGGUUUCGGCGGGUCUCCCCUGACGGGUCCGCCGCCUCCACUGGUGGUGCAUCGCUCAACACAUCUGCCACGAUGCCCUUCGGCGACGCAGCGAGCGAGUACGCGGUGCGCUUCGCACCACACAUUGCGUUGGAGCUGCGCUACGACAUCAUUCGCAACUAUGAAGACUUCCUGGACGGUGUGUGUAAGGGACACAGCGGACGCGACACGAACUCGUCGCAUCACUGCCGCCACUCAGCCGCGACGGCACCAGUGACAGCGGGCGAGGGGGCAUCGCCGUCUCCCGUGAAUUGCCAGCUGAACAGUCUGCUGCCGCUGCAUCCGGGCAUCCCGUCGGCGUGUGUGGCGGUGCAGAGCAGCUGCGCGGCGUCACACGGGCACAACGGCGAGGCCAUGCCGGGUCCGCAAAAUCUGCACUUUGAUGUGCGAGCGUGCGCCAACCCUGCUGUUGACAUGUAUCUGCAGCGGCAGCAGCAACAGGCGCAAGGCACCCAUUUGAGUGCGCAGCGAAGCUCGACAACGCCGACGAUCAUGCACCCCAAGUCUGUUCAUGUGGUGGUGGUGGCGGCUGCGCAGCAGGGGCUCUCUGCCGCACUCUCAGAAGGCGACGUCGUAGCGGUACUGCUGCCUCUGCAAACAAUUUUGGCCAAGUGGGCGGAGCGCGAGCUGCGACGCCCUCUCUCCGACUGCCCCGUUGCCGAGCUUGAGCAUCGCGUGCUCGCGAUGCUCGACACUCUGCCGCGUAGUUGGCGCACCCUCGGCUGCGCUGUGCAGGUGUGCGAAGUGCAGUCGCUGUCGCCAGGGGGGCGUACGGCACACCUCUGCGCAACUCCAUCGGUGGUGGAGCAAUCGUCAGGCGGACAUGGGCCUCCCUCGCUGCGCUUCUCUCACGUAUUUCGCAUGGCGUACGACACGACAUCGUCGCCGACCUUCUACGUCACGAAGCUCACCUCUGUCAACGCCUCGCUGAUGGAGCUGGAGGCACUGCACAAGAUCGACCGCACCCGCUUCGCCGCCACUCUCUACGACCCGCGCAGCACGGCACCUGUCGGUGUGGCCUUCUGCGGCUGGGCCAACUCGCUCCUCUCCACCGCAGGCCCGUCUCGCGCCGUGCCGCUGCUCGACCACCUGCGCGCGCGCCUGCUCCUGCAACAGCAGCUCAACGACUGGCAGGCUCGCGCCAUUGUGGCCGUGCUGUACGCCGCGUGCCCCGGCUGGGACGACGGGGUUGCGGAGCAGAGCACACGGGCGCCUGUGCCGCGCGCACCGGAGAUGCUCGUGAUCGAGGGUCCGCCGGGCACCGGCAAGACGCAGACCAUCGGUUCGCUGACGCUAAACCUGCUGCACCACCUCAGCCGUACGUGGGGCACGGCGCAGCGCAUCUUGGUGUGCGCACCGUCGAACUGUGGGGUGGACGAGGCGCUGCUGCGUGUGGUGCGGCUGCGCGAGCAGCUGCGGGGAGCUGCGCCCGGUGGUGCGCUACCGCCUGCGCAUGCGGUGCUCGCCGGCGGACUGCUGCGCAUCGGUGUGCGAGAUAGGGUGGACAGGGAAGUGCUGCGGCUGCAGGAGCCCGUCUUCUUCGACGACGUUGUCGAGCGGCACCUGAGCGGCACCCCGGCUACUGGAGAGAGUCUCAGGCGUGGGGAGCGUGCCGGCGACUCGCGGGACUCUGCGAUCCCCAGAGGCCGCAAUGCAAGCGGCAACGGCGCAGCUAGUGGGAGGGCGGCCUUGCGCAGCGCGGUUCGCACGCACACGCUGGAGUCCGCCGCCAUUGUCUUCUCCACCCUUGGCUCGCUUCACCACAUUGGCCGCCAGGUGCAAGGGCUCGCCUUCGACGUGGUCAUCGUGGACGAGGCGUCUCAGGGAACAGAGCCGGCCGUGCUGCAGGCAGUUGCUCUUGCCAAGAGCAAGAGCGUGCUCGUCGGCGACUCCCGCCAGCUGCAGCCUACCGUGCUCUCUCGGGAGGCGAGCCGCUGCGGGCUGCGGCGCAGUCUGCUGGUGCGCUUGCUCGCCUGCGGACACCCCUCCUUUCUGCUGCGCACGCAGUACCGCAUGCACCCCGACAUUGCCGCCUUCCCCAACGAGUACUUCUACGGCUCGAAGCUGCUCACCGAUCGAAGUGUACUUGCGCGGUCGCGUGCACCGGACAACCCAACCGCCGCGCCGGCGACCAUCGCGCAGACGCUCGGUCGAUGCCCACGCUUUGUGUUUGUGGACGUGCGCAACUCGCCGAUGGAGCGGCGGCGCGGCCGGUCGCUGCUCAACCGCCGCGAGGCCACCGCUGUGGUAGACUGCAUGCGGCAGCUGCGCGCGUUCUUCAAGAUGACAGUGCGGGAGAUGGCUGCACACGUCGGCAUCCUCACCUUCUACACUGCGCAGAGGGAGACGAUCCUGUCGAUCCUCACGCAGGAGGAGCGCCACAAUGGUGUGCAGGUGGCGACAGUGGACAGCUUCCAGGGAAAGGAGAAGCAGAUCAUCCUGCUGAGCUGUGUGCGGACGCUGAGCGCGGCGCAGCUGCAGCAGCUGCAGGGGCGCGCGGCGCAAGGGGAGAAGGAGAGCAACAGCGAUGACAGCGAUAGUGUUGCCAGGGAGGAGCGCUGCGCGAAUCGACGCCUCGGUCGCUACGGGCUCGGAUUUCUGGCAGACUGGCAUCGCCUGAACGUCGCGCUGACGCGUGCGCAGGACCUGUGCGUGUGUUUUGCGAGCCGCGACACCGUGCGUGCCGUGGGCAUGGCAGCCAUGGCGUCUGCAGCGCCGGCAAAUGCAGUGACCACGGUGGAUAGCUCGGCGGGGGAAGUGGUGCACCAGCUGGAUGCGGACGAUGAGGACCCCCUGGCGCUGUAUCGCAUGCUGGUGCACGCUGAAACUCGCGAUCCUACACUACAGCCACCGGCGAGUGAGCCGGUGCUGCUCGACGCGUCGACAGACUCCGUCGAGAUCGUGGACGCGCCAGGCGCGAGCCGCUCGCGAGCGGCGUGUUUGACAUACCACUGCAAGGCUCACUUCGUGAGGGAGCUCACGGCGCGGGUGCGGGCCGCGCAGGCGCGGGAUGACCUCCGCAACGCGCCGUGA